AUCAAACAAUUUAUCGUAAACUGAAAAAAUGUCUGUUUCAUACAGCACGACAUCAUCAAAAAAAAUAAAUAAAACUAGUAAACAAAAAGUGACAAAAUUAAAUGAAGUGCAGAAGGAAAGUGACUUGAGAAUUUACGACGAUGAGGGCAAUGACGUGACACCAAAAUUUCUGAUCCACGAGUACUAUGCACAUGUCCAAGAUCCAGGUCAGUUGGUCAACUGGGAUGCGCUGACACUGAAGCAGCAGAGCAGUUCGGUUCAAUUGUUGACCCCGUCUCGAGGCUGCCGAUCAAGUUCAUCUUUGAUCAAAGCUUCUUCACUUUACACGAUGGCUAUGCCGCUUGAAGACACCAUGGAAAGUCUAUUGUCAAUUUACAAUCAAGAUUCACUGAGUGUUGAUGACCAUGAUCGUGCGCCUUCACCUUUUUGUCUGCCCAGCGUGGAUCCUGUUUUACAAACGCGCCCAGAAAAGUUAACGGUAAUUUUGAGAGAGACUGAAACAUUUUUUAUAUUGGAGAUGCCUCAACUGACGGCUGAUUUAGACACUCCAGAAGGUCAGGCUGUCAAGGAAGCUAACGAGAGGUACGAGUAUAUAACCAAGGGCGAGGGACGGAAUCGCAGAUUGGCUGAAGCUGAGACUCAGACGACGCGAAUUUAUACCAAGUCGCGGUCAACUUACUUGGGAAGAAAGAAGAGAAUGAAUCGUGGUACUUUUGUUAACAAUUGGGUUAUGUAUGACACCUAUAGCUCUGCUGGGACAGUUGAUACCGAAGAUGGGAAGAAUAGUGGCAAGAAAACUCAGGAUCGUAAUAAAUUUACAAAAUUAAUCCAAGAAGACUUGGCAGAUACUGAGGAUCCACUAGCUCUUUUAUACGAAAAUGAAUCAUUUGCAUCAGCGGUCCGAAUAAUGGAGCGAAUAAUUGCCAGCAAGUUCUACACAGUAGCUCAGAAACGAUUCAAAGGGCUGAUAAAAAAAGAUCCAUGUAGUCUGGAGCUCGAAUUCACAUACAGUUUGGAUCUUCUGUGGACUCACGAGUGCCCGGAAGUCAAAGAACGUUCAGUAAAUUGUAUUCGUUGGAAUUACAAGAACGAUAAUCUUCUGGCAGCUGGUUACGGCUCGACUCCCGAACAACCCAACGGUAUUUUACUUAUCUGGUGUAUAAAAAACCCAAGUCAACCAGACCGAGUUUACAAAUUCGACUCAGCAGUCUCGGACUGCGAUUGGAGUCGUCAGAAACCGAAUCAACUGGCCGUAGGUUUCUACGAUGGAACUGUCAAAGUUAUUGAUGUAAGUAGUAGAAAUCUAGUAGUCUUACGUAAAAGCUCACGUGAAACUUGUCCGACUUAUUGGCCUCAUUGGCAAGUCCAGUGGUGGCUAGAUGGUGACCCACUUGAUCCUUUGCACUCUAGUCAAGAGUUAAUUUACACAAGCAACCAAGACGGUUCUAUUUUCUGCUUCGCCACAAGCAAAGACUUUCCAGCGACUCGAAUCAUGAAGAUUCCCAGAAUAGAAGACAAAAUUCCCGGCGUAAAACGAACUAAUAGCGGCGGGAUUCUUUAUGACAUCCCCAUCAGCAAAAACCCAGGAAUUCUGCUGCUGCGUCGUCAUCCGACAACAAGUAACAUCUAUUACGUUGGCUCUGACGAAGGCUGCGUUUACCGCUGCUCUACCAACUACCUGAGCCAUCACGUAGACAACUUUCUAGCUCACAACGGUCCCUUUUAUUCCCUGGAAUUUUCUCCAUUCUGUCCGAAAAUCUUCUUAACCUGCGGCUCGGACUGGUGCACCAGGAUUUGGGCAGAUGGCAUCACCGAUCCUCUGAUAACUCUUUCGACCCACAUGGCCUGCGUCCAAGCGGCCGCCUGGAGCCCAAACAACUCAACGGUAAUCGCCACCUGCGUCAACAACGAAAUAAACAUCUGGGAUCUAAAGCGACGUACCCACCGGCCAACUUCCGUUACCGUUCUCCCAUCACUCACCCGUAUCAUGCUACUUGAAUUCACUAAAACUGGAAAUCAAUUGGUAGCAGCAGACCUCAACGGCACUAUUUACAUUUACAACCUCGAAGGAAUGCCUUUUCCUCCAUUCGAGCAGACUUCCGUGUUGCUCGAGGCCAUCGAGAAGAGCCUCGCCAUUAAACCAGCACUCUUGAGAAAACUUCAUAAACUGGGUUCUUCAUUCUAAUUAUCAGCAUCAUUAUCCUACUACUCGGGUACUAAAUAGUUUUUAA